AUGCGCACGUAUAUCAUCCCUCUCGCUGUCCUCGUCGCUGCAGGUGCUUCUGCACACGAAGGGCAUGAUCACGAUCACGCCCAGGUCGUCGAAGAGGCUCCAAAGCCCUCGGAAUCCCUCACUCACUCGUUUACGCCUACAAAAAUCAAAGCCCCAUUCCUCGAACAGUUCACCGACGACUGGGCUGAGCGGUGGACGCCCUCAGAGGCUACCAAGAAGACACCGGUCGGUGGUGAAACCUUUUCCUAUGUUGGGAAGUGGUCAGUCGAAGAGGCUUCUGUCUACCCCGUCAUUGCUGGUGACAAGGGUCUCGUCGCCAAAUCAAAGGCGGCCCACCAUGCCAUCUCGGCUCCGUUUGCAAAGCCAAUCGACUUUUCGGACAAGUCUCUCGUCGUCCAAUACGAGGUCAAGUACCAAAAGGGUGGCAACUGUGGUGGUGGCUACAUCAAGCUCCUCGAAGAUGGCUUCCAGACGAGCGGAAAGGAAUUCAGCGACAAGACACCAUGGGUGAUCAUGUUCGGCCCUGACCUUACCUGCCCAGGAGCCAAGCUUCACUUCAUUUUCCGUCACAAGAACCCAAUUACCGGCGAGUACGAGGAGAAGCACCAAAAGCCCGCCACCGUGCCGGCAAUUGGAAAGACGACCAAGCUUUAUACCUUGAUCAUCAACCCCGACCAGACCUUCGUUGAAAAGGUCGACGGCAAGGAGGUUUCAUCUGGCUCGCUCCUCAACGACUUUGAGCCUCCCGUCAACCCACCAAAGGAGAUUGACGACCCCAACGACAAGAAGCCCGAGGACUGGGUCGACGAGGCCAAAAUCCAGGAUCCAGAGGCGAAGAAACCCGAAGACUGGGACGAGGACGCACCGUACCAGAUUCCUGAUGAAGAUGCCGUCAAGCCGGAGGACUGGCUCGACGAUGAGCCAGACAUGAUUCCCGACCCGGAUGCGAUCAAGCCCGAGGAGUGGGACGACGAGGAGGACGGUGAUUGGGUCGCUCCGCUCGUCAAAAACCCCAAGUGCGAGCAGGCAUCUGGCUGUGGCCCAUGGAAGCGUCCUAACAAGGCCAACCCUGCCUACAAGGGCAAAUGGUACGCGCCUAUGAUCGACAACCCGGCUUACAAGGGCGAGUGGGCACCACGCAAGAUUGCCAACCCCGACUACUUUGAAGACUUGUACCCGGUCCAAAGCCUCAACAAGAUUGGUGGUGUCGGUAUCGAACUCUGGACGAUGACCGAGGACAUCUUGUUCGACAACAUUUACAUUGGUCACUCGAUGGAGGACGCCGCGGCGCUCGCUGAAGAGACAUUCUACAUCAAAGAGGAUGCUGAGCUGCGCAAGGAGGCCAACAGGAAGCCAGCUGGCGCAGACGACGACGAUGACGAGGAAACCGCGGACCGCACCUUCAAGGAGGCACCCGUCGCAUUCAUUCGCAAGGCCGUACUCUCGUUCAUUGAGCUCGCCAAGAUUGAUCCAGUAAUGGCCGUCAAGACAAAGCCCGAGACUGCUACUGCGCUCGCAGUCGGUAUCGUGACGCUGUUCGGCAUGCUGGGCACGUUCCUCGGACUGCUUGGCGCCUCGCAAGCACCUGUCACCAAGUCGCCAAAGAAGAGCGAGAAGAAGGAAGAGGCCUCGUCCUCUGCGGCUGCCACCAACGGUACCGAAAAGACAGCUGCGUCUGCACCCGCUGUCGCGCCCGUAGACGAGCAGCUCAAGUCGACUCCAGCAUCGACUUCAGCCUCGACCUCGUCAACGAAGAAGAGAAGAUAG